UGUUCGAUAAUCUUGUGAUGUAUAUUCGAAAUCUUGUGAUGUGUGUUCUACAAUUCAGUGAUGCGUGCAAUAAAAUUGCAUGACGCAACAGAAAAGUAAGGACAAUUUUCAUUGGUUAGAAAUAACGAAAGUAGCUGAAGCGUCGGGAAAACCAUGCAGAUGAGCUGAUCGCCAACCAGGAGAUCAGAAUGAUCGCAUCUGCUCCUGCCACUUUAAGGAUGGUAAGAAGGAGGGGGACCCUGCAUAUUUUGCAUGGAAUGAAGGAAAGGCCAUGGAUUUCUCUGAUCCUGAAUGUACAAAAAGGAGGAAAAAACUCAAAAGUGAGGAGUCCCUGUCAUCUUCACAGAUGGACCAGUUGCAGAUUCCACAAGCACCAAAAUGUCAAUAUCAAGAAAAAUUGAUAUCAGAGCACAACUACUCAGCAUCCUGCACAUUUAACUGUACUCAAGAAAUGCAGCGCCUCUCAACAGAAAUACAACUGGAAAAGGAAUUGCUUGCCCUAAAAAUAGAGUCUAGUAAAAGGAAGCCAAUAUCAAUCCACGAUAUUAAAUACAACGAAGAGAAGGUCUCUGAUCAGCAGGGGCAUUUUCUCUAUAUAAGAAGAAAAUGGAGACUCCCUACCCACCCGACGUAUUUUGUCGGACAGUUUUCUGUACAUUGCAGUCACCAAUAUAUCCAAAUAUCAUCACCGGCCCAGACGUCAUUCACUCCUUUGAAUUGUGCUGGUAGCAGUAAGGUGUCAUCAUUUGAGAUGGUCACAGUAUCCAAUACACUGAAGUCACAGGACUCAAAUUUCAUACAUGUUCACAGGGUCUCUGCCAAAAUCUUUUGAGGAUUUUUCCUCUGCUAGAGCAUCCAUGGAUGCAAAUGAAACAACCCAGGACAUCCCAACACAUAUGGAUAAUCAGGCCAUGGCCUACAGUAUGUACAAAAGUUGCCAUACUUUUAAAGCAGUAACUUGCGUGCCUCCAAAUGGUGCACUUACAUUUUGCUCCAUGCUGUACCCAGGUUCUACUUCUGAUGUAGCUAUUGUACGUCACAGCCAAGUUUUACGAAAGUUCAAAGCUGGAGACCUUAUUUUGGUGGUCAAAGGUUUCACCAUUCAUGACCAGUUGCCCCAGGGUGUCUGCUUAAUUAUAAAAGCUCUUUUAUCGACACGAGGCCAGUUUACCAUACAAGAAGCAGCACUGUUACAAGAUUGCUAAAGCACUUAUUCAUGUGGAAAGAGCCAACGAGAGGAUAAAGAAUUACGAGAUUCUCCGUCACAUACCAUCUACUUACAGACCAAUCUCAACAAAAAUAUUUCAACUCUGUUCUUGUCUUGUAAACUUGCAAGCUCCACUUUUGAAAGAAAUUACUUAAAGAUACAUGUACUUAUUAUAAAUUUGCAUUGGCGUGUGACAGUAUACACUAAACAGUGAAGAUAUUCAUACCAAAGUGCAAGGGAUAAGCAAAUUUUGAUUUGUUAUCAAUGUCAAUGGUUAUAUUUGUUAACUUUGUAGUACUUAGUAUGUUGUAAUACAUGUACUUCAGAAAAUGAAAAUCCCUUUUGUUUAGCAUGGAUUUAUUACAAGAAUGUUUGGCAAUUCGAUUCUUCAUUUGACAAUAUAAUUUGGAAGAGGGUUUACUUAUAAUUUUAAAUCUCUAGUUUAAAGUAUAUUUACCUUUAAAGCACAACUCAACAAAUUCAUGUUUUCAACAAUUUAUCUAUUAAGAAAGACAAAAAUGUUACAUUUUCACUUUGAGAAUAACAUCUUCAAUUCAUUAAUAAAAUGAUUCUAAAUUUU